AAAAAAAUCAUUAUGUAUUUCAAAAUUGCUGUUACCCUUUACGUGCUGUACUUCGUGACCGCGACACAGAGCAUUGGACUCAACGGGGAUCAACUCACAGAGAUAGGUGAUUUAUACAAUAAAUACAACAACGGUAUGCACAACAUUUCCAAGGAUGAUAUCGAAGAGAUUGGAGAAAGUUUUGGCAUAGCUAAUAUGUCAGAUUUUGACUACAAAGAAGGUGAAUCUAACGCUCGAAAAUUACAAGAUCUUGUGGUAUAUCUUGCCAACAACGAUAAAAACACUGACAACAUUAAGAAAAUAAGUAUGUCGUCCUUCGAAGUAAGACUUCACGUGGGUAUAUUCAGAGAAUACGACCUAAAGGGUGAUCACAAAGGUCUACUUGACCUCGAUGAUGUGAAAAAAGUCAUUGUCGCUUUAGAUCUAGCCGUAUGGAAUAAUAGUAUCAGUUAUCGUCCAGCUGAACAAUGCAUACUAAUUGUAUUGAAAGAAAAAACUAAACAAAUUAACGCAUUGGAGUUCUUAGACCGCAUAUGGGCAGUAAAACCGAACCGAGGCACAGGUGUAAACCGGAAGCAGGUUGAGGACCUGAUGACGUUACAUAAUGAUAAGACAAUUGAUGGUCACAUUAACCCUGUCGGAAUAAUGGAACUUUUCAAAAAGAUAUCUAUAGUUAAAAAAAGACUACGAAGGCCAAUUGGCUUUUGGUUCCAAGAGUAA